CCUUGACUUAAUAUAUAUUCGUAUUUUCAUUACCAUGUUUGCUUUCUUCACUUUCCAAGCUGUGAGUAUUGAAAGUGAUCCAUAUGGCAUGGCAGCGAGCCCAUGCGAAAACCUGCUCUUGUUACUAGAAUUGUAUACACGAGGCUUGAAGUUUUGUGAAGAUGCAUUGUAUUGCUGGAUGCAUGAAAGGGCGACUCAGUCGACAUCGAGCUUUCUGGCACACUCAAGCUUCAUAAACUAUAGCAAUUGAUGAGUGUUAGACGAUCACAGCUUCCACUCCCUCAUUUCCGAGACGAGUGAAAUGAGCUCUAGGUCCAUAGUCCGGCCAUUUCGCAUCAAUUCCAAUUAAAAAACUUCUUGACUGACUCGGGGAGCUGGUCAAUCAGGAUAUCUAGGUCUGAAAGACUUGACGACUUCUUCAGGGGCUUGUUGGUAAAGGUCGUAGUUUGCACUGGCGUAAGGGCCAAAAUGGCCGCAUCGUCAUUAUGAACCGACUCGGUAAUCUCCAAGUCUUCUUGAGUUUGAGUGCCGUCUUGAGUUUCCGCUUUCUUGGAAAUUUCCUCACGAUCCUCCAGAAAGUUGUUUGAUCCACUAGCAUCGUGAGUGGGUGGCUGGUCAUGCGAUGUUGUUGAUCCAUCUGCACCUUGUGACGACUUCUUGAUGGACUUCGCGUCGGUUUUCCUGCCGAUCGGAGAUGGCCAAUUUACAUCUUGAAGCUGCUCCAAUCUAAGUCGAAGUGGUCAUCUACACAUAAUGGGAUAGUCUUUGAUACUGGAAUUUGAAAUUUGGGCUUACAAUCCUCUAGCGGUUUGUUGCCGAUGCAGACAGAGGACAAACGAGUCAAAUUAAUCAUCAUAACCUUCUAGUUACACGAAUAUCUCUGCAAGCACCAAAUCUCCGAAACGACCUGUAACACCAUCCUGUACUGAUUCCACUCGACAAUGUUAAUCUGCACAGAAAGACUUGGUCGACAAAUUAGGUUAUUCCUCUUCCUUAGAACUCGAAACACGAGACCGAACGAAGAGAGAGCUCUCAGGAUCUGCACAGCUCAACGAAAGUGAGAUUUACAGCAAACUCUACGCAAACUGCACAACUGCGGAUCAUCAAUCAUCCCGGAUUAGCCAUGGACAUGGACGAGAGAUCUAAACCAGGACGCUUACUGCGGCAUUCCGGAGAGCCCGAAGCGGAGGAACCUGUCAGUGUACUCAUCCUGAGCAAAUCACGACACGUACAAUGUAAGCGGAGACAUCAGACACGGCAUCAGUGCAGAAAUCAAAGAAGACGAAGACGAAGACGAAGCAAAUCACGAGGAGGUGGUGGCGGCGCCGAGGAGACGACGGUCGAGAACGAGAAGAAAUUCGAAAUUCGAAAUUCGAAAUUCCUCGUCGCCGGUCGAGGAAAUCAGGACCUGCUGCUGCUGUUGCGCGAAGGGCUCCACGAGCGCUCGCCGUAACACGGCAGCCCGUAGUGGAACGGGCACAAGGACGGGCCGUGGAACGGGCACUGGGCGGAGGAUUCAGAGAAUUGCACCCGCGACCCGCUCGAGCGCGAGCCUCGCUGGUCGUUAUACAGCAGCGUCGUGCAGUCGUCGCACGGCGGACACAACUGGCAUCUCUUGGGGCACUGCAAGUACCGCAGGGGAAUCCGGUGAUCUUGCGGUAGAUGACUGUAGCUGUGCGCGACCGAGGGACUCGUCGAGCGAGACUUGCGCCUAGGAUUAGGCGACCGAGACCGGGACCGGGACCGAGAAGAUCUACGUCGGGGCGGCGUGGGAGAUCGAGACCGAUUGCCCUCGAGCAGGAGGGCCGAGCGGGGCGGCGACCGAGACCGCCGUCGGGGCGAGCCCCCCGGGGCCGGGAGGGCGUUCCUCGGCGACGACGGCGACGGAGAGCGCGAUCUGGGCCUGCGAGACGGGGAGGGGGACCGCGACCGUCGCUUCGGCGCGCCGUACAUGGCCACGCCGUGGAAGUAGAGGUCCGACAGCGGGAAGGGCCGGUGCGUUCCGAGCGGGUGCAUGAGGUCGAAGGCGCGCCCGUCGUAGGCGUGCGCGCGCUCGGGCGUGAUGUGUCCCUUUUUCCGUCUAUUGUUCUGUCCGUAAGGGUUAACGAAUUUCGGGACAGGGACCUGCAGAUGCCGGGUCACAUCGGUGUCCGUCCUCCCAUAGUAGUAGUCCCCGUGCGCCGGGCUGUUGGGCCGCCCGUCGUUCUGCGACGUGACGUCCGACGCCGACCGGUUGAAGCACGGCACGGGGCCGUCCUGCCGCGCGUGCGAGGGCACCGACGCCACCGUCGAGUGCGUGACGUCCGUGGACGUGUGGCCGUACCAGGGAUCCGGCUCCUCGAUCCCCUGCCUCCUCCUCUCCAUCUCCUCCCUCCUCUCCUCCCUCUCGUCCCUGAACAUCUUCGCUCGCCCUCCGCCUCCGCCCGUGCCCAAUUCGAUCGCGAUCGAUCAGCCUCGUCGGAUUCUCGCAGAGCGAUGGUCGCAUGCGUCGAAAAGCUUUCCGGGACUCGAAUCUCGAAUUUCGAAUUUCGCUCUCGAUUGCUCCGUGAUGAUCUUCUACCCCGCUUCCGGGCUUCGAAUUCGGACGUGUUCCAUGUCGGACCUGAUUUUGAGAGUCUCGAUCGAUCGAAAGGGGAAGGAGUUUGAAUUUUGAAUUUUGAAUUUUGAAUUGAAUCUCCGAGUUGCAGCACCUGCCGUCGACCGAAACGAUGCACGAGUUCCUACUUCCUACAUCUACCUCUCCUUCAUCUUCGGUGAAAGGUUGUAUAUGCGAACAUUUCCGGAAUACGCCGAUUGAACGUCGUGCCCUUUUCGAGACCCCUCGUUCCUGAUUUGUCGGCCUGACGGGAUUUGUUUGCCUCGCUUCUCAACGGUUCUCGUAAAGAGGGUGAGGAUUCGUAGAUUCCCAUGUGCCUCGUGAUGUUGGAACUACAGAAGUAUGCGGAAUUGUCAUUGGAAUCAGAGCGCAACCUGAUCAGGAACAGAAAUCAGGCCCUCUCCAGUAAAGACCCAUUCUGAACACGAGCCAGAGCCUCCUCUGAGUGCAGUGUCCACGACAGUUUCAUGGAUCCCACAAGACCACGGAGCCAUUCUCUGAGAAGACGAUGUAGACUUGCACUCUACGAGAGGGACCUGAAUCUGCAUCAAAACUGAAUCUUCUCACGUAUCGUCUACAUGCAACCAUUGUCAAUUUCUGGUUGGAGUGGUCCACUCAUGUACAUCUCCAUCACGCAUCUAUAUUGAGGGAUGUUACUUCAUCGGCAAUAGGGGUCAAUAUGAAGUAAGUCAUUCAAAUAAAAGAGAGAGGAUGGGAAGGCCCAUCAAGAUGUACCGGGCAUGUAAUUUAUUUAACUUAUUGUUGGCAAGUGAUUAGCCUCACUCUUCACACCGUGGAAUACUCACUACACCAUCUACGAUAUCC